UCAAUACAGAAUCCGUGGUUAAAAUCAUCAUCUUUCAUUUUUUCUGUGUGUGUGUGUCAUCGGAAAUGGAUAUUUUCUUCCCUCACCACCACCACUGAGAUUGAUGUGAAUUGGCCACGCACAACGAAAACUGACUGAAUAAUAUACAAAACAAAAUGACAAACACAAUGACAACAACAACAACAACAACAGCAAUUUUUUCCCUGAUUUCAAGACAAAAGCAUUGGGACGAAACUGAACGUGAUCUAAUUUUUAUAAUUAAGAUUUUUAAUUAAGAAAAAUUAUCCAAAUUAACUAAAGCGCACCACUAUGUAUGGCUAUUCUAUAAUAUAAAUUGAGCUCAAACAAACAAACAAACAACAAACCAACAACAACAACAACAUUGGAUGGGCAAUUUUCAAUAUUUUUUUCAUCUAAAUAUUCUUAUUUCUUACCAUGUAGGUGUUGUUGUUGAUGUAAAAUGAUGAAACGAAGAAAAAAUAGAAUCUGUUUACAUCAUACACACAAUAGAAUAAAAAUAAAACUACGCCUAUUCGGCCAAAAGACAUACACUUUAUAAUAACUGUGAUAUUUUUGGGUUUGGCGUGCCUGUAUGAAUCAUCAUUGUGAUUAUUAUUGUUGUUGUUGAAUUACGAAUACAUUCUUGCGUGCAUGAUUGCUGAAGUCAAGUUUCAAAACAGUGAUGCUACUUCGUCUGUGUGUGUGUGUGUGUUUGGUUGUAUGUCUUCGAUGGGCGUGAUUACACAUUCCGAUGGUAGUCGAAUUCCGUGAUUACAUAUCGGAUGAUGAUGGUGAUAGGAUCAUCUCAAAUAUAAAUACCGUUUCGUUUUGUUGGAUAACUAUCAUUUUAUUGGAUCUCGAUUCUUUGAUAACACAUUUCAUUGAUUCUCUUUCAUUCUUAUUCUCAAUUGUUUAUUGGCUGUCAACCACGGUGUUUGAUCGUCCCAAUUUUUGUUCUUAAUCAACAAACAAACAAGUUUGAUUCAUUUUUUUUGAUUCUGAAUCACUAUCAAUUAUCAUUCAAUCAUUUUGUGUUUUUCAAUCCGAAAUUGCAAUAUAUUUUUACUUCCGGCUGUGAUUUUCCGGAUUCAUUCAUUUCAAGUAUUCAGAAAUUUUCUUCGUUGAAACAAAACAAAAAAAACGAUGGAAUCCUAUCAACAACAUCGUCAAUCAAAUAAAUUUAUUUUUUUAAUCAUAACAAUUAUCGUAACGAUUAUCGUAAACACAUAUGGUACCGUAUCAGCAGCAGCUAUUCAAUCAAAUGAUAAUAAUGAUAUUCAAUUCGAUAAACGACAGCCAAUACCGAUGCCAAGAAUCGGACGAUCAUCAUCAUCAUUAUCGAAUGGACAGGAUAAAAGACAAAGUUUAAUACCGGCACCAAGAAUUGGACGACGUGAUGAAAAAUUAUCCGGUAAUGGUGGCCGUACAACAACAAUCGAUUGCUCGAAUAAUCCAGAAUUAUGUGAAAACUAUGAAUCAUUCGGAUCAAUAGUCGGUAAUAGCGGCGGUGGUGGUGGUGGUGGCAAUAUUAAUGAACAGGAAAAUCUAAUCGAACCAUUAGAUAUACAAUUACGUGCAGCAUUUAUACCACGUCUGGGAAAACGUUCAACAUCAUCAAUGUCAACAUUACAUUCAAAAUCACCGCAAUCAAGAAUAAUUAAUGAAAAUGAUUUAUUUGAUUUAUAUCGUACCGGUAUAAUUGAUAAUGGAAAAAUGUUUGGUUAUUUACCUCGUCAUACACAACAACAAUCACAAUUACAGUCAACAACAUCAAAUAUCGAUAAUAAUGAUGAUGAUAAUAACGGAAAUGAUGAUACAAUGUUGAUUAAUGAUUAUUAUGAUGUUAACAAUGAUCAACAACAUUAUAGGACGAUUCCGGCGGUUAUGCGUGAUUUAUUCGAACAACCACAACGACAGCAGUCAUUAUCAACAUUACUUAAUCGAUAUUAUUGGAAUAGCAAUAAACGUACAGCCAUUCCAUAUACACCGCGUAUUGGUCGUGCUGUAUUUGCACCGAGAAUUGGUAAAAAAUCAGCAUUCGUACCGAGAAUUGGAUAAACUAUUAUUAAUCAUGGAGGAACAAAUUAAACGAGAAAAGAUCUCUCAUUUUUGAUUAAAAUAAAAACAAAAAUGGUCCAUUCGACCAUUCAACAACACAACACACAAAUCAAUGCCCCGCUAAUCGUUGGUCAUCAUCAUAAUCAUCAUCAAUAAUAACAUGAAGUCAAUGUUUUACCAAGACCUUCAUUUUCAAAUGACCGUUGUUCACCUCCUGCUCCUCAUUAUCAUCAUUAUCAUCCUGCUUCCGGAUUGUUUUUUCGUUUGAUUUUAUUUAUUUAUUUAUUUAUUUUUUUUUUUUUUGGUAAAAUUCAUUGAGAAAGAAUGUUGUUUGGUGAAAAGUUUUCAAUUUCAAUUAUCAAUUUUCUGCUACUGUUAAAUUAUUAUUAUUAUUAUUAAUUAAUAAUUAUUAUUAUUGAAUUGAUUUGGAUGAAGGAAUGAGAAAAAACGAAAAGAUAAAUUUUGAAAAAAAUUUUCACACAUCGUCAUUUAUGAAUGUCAUAUAUCGUAUUGUUUUAUGAUCGAUUCCAGAAUCGUCUGUAUAUCAUAUUAAAAAUAGACCAAGAAUUGGAUCGAUAAAUUAUAUCACGAAAUUUUCUCCACAUUCGAAAAUGUGUUUUUAAUUCACUAUGCAAUUGCCGUAGAUUGGCACAUAAUUUAUCAAUCAUUAAAUCCAUCGAAUUGAAAAAUUGGUCGGCGGCUUCGGUUUUAAGGUUUUUAUCGCCAUCAUUAUUAUCGACGUUCGACUGUUUCAAAUCAAAUUCUACAGUUGUUUCAGUUGUUGUGAUAUCAUCAGAUGAUUGAACAUGGUUAUGAUCAUCAUCCGAAUCAUCUCCAUUAUGAUCAAAGCGAUGAGUCAAAAAGAAUCCAUCUGAACCAAUGGAAAAUAUCGUUAAAUUCAUCAACAGAAUCAAUGGACAUAUUGUUUUGAAAUUCAUUCUCAACGAGAUGAUGAUGAUGAUGAUGAUAACAAUGAUUGUUUGAUAAUGAUUCAAAGAAAAAAACCUAACCAAAUCACUCGGUGGUAAUCCAAUUUUGUUUUGUUUAUCCCCAAAAUGACAACAACAAUCAAUGAAAUUAAAUCGAAUAUAA